AGGGAGUCGGGAGGCUCGCGCCGGUGGGAGGUUCCAGCCCGCAGACCUCUCCGGACUCCCAGCUGCUGCACCACAUUUUAUUUGCCAUGGCGUCUCCACUGACGAGUCUGGUUAGUGAUGAUAGCAGAUACCAGAAAUGCUUCCAUCUUUUUCUGGAGCGCUCCUCUGAGCAUCAGUGUAUGCGGGACUUCAUCCACAAUAUGCUGCCAGAUAUACUGGCCAGCAUUGGAAAUGGAAAGUCCCACCUGAAUGUCAUAGGAGUUGGGAGUGGAGAUGGUGAGAUUGACCUCGAGAUGCUCUCCGAGCUCCGUCUGAAGCACCCAGGGGUGACGGUGGAUAACGAGGUGGUGGAUCCCAGCAGCAUUCAGCUGCAGAACUACAAAGUUUUGGUGUCACAGAAACCAGGUUUAGAUUACAUCAAAUUUAACUGGAACCAGAUGACAGCCAUUGAGUUUGAGGAGCACUGGAAAGUGAAAAAGAUGACUAUGAAGGCUGACUUCAUUCACAUGAUACAGAUGCUGUACUAUGUGAAGUGUCCUGGAGCUACCAUGAGCUUUUUCAGGAGUCUCCUGGACAAGAAUGGGAAGCUUCUUAUCAUCCUCGUGUCUGGUGAGAGUGGUUGGGGAAAGCUGUGGCAGACCUACGGGAACCAACUCGGUAGCUCAGAAAUAAGUCAGCAUGUGACCACUGGAGACCUCAAAAGCCUCCUGGACUCCAAGGGGGUGAGCUACCAGAGCUAUGAGCUGCCAUCUCAAAUGGAUAUCACCGAGUGUUUCACCGAGGGGGAUGAAAAAGGAGAGCUUCUGCUUGAUUUUCUCACGGAGGUGCUAGAUUUCAGUAAGACAGCCUCUUCUGAACUGAAAGCUGGUGUUUUAGAGUUACUGCGGCACCCAGACUGUAGCGUGGAGUCCAAUGGUAAAGUAAUCUUUAACAACAACCUUGGAAUGAUAGUCGUAGAUCAGCUUACUUAAAAAGACGACGUUCGUAUAGUGAAUGGGACAUUUGCAGCAGAUUAACAACAUACUUGUAGUUUUAAGGGUGAUUGUUUAAAAGUGUACAAUGUAGUAAUGUAACACACUGUUAGCCUGUGGGAAAUGACUUAUUUCACAUGAUCAUGUUGAUAUCAAUUAUUAGUUCUUGAUUGUAUCUGACCUUGUGCAAAAUAAAAAUGAAUUGAUUGUU